CUGACAUGAAUUCCUGCAGAAUCCGUCGCUGGAGGCGCAUCAAGCUGCAACAUGCAGAAGAGUGGAGAGAUACGGUGUUUUACUGAUUCAAAGACCGAGAAAGAGACAUUUUUGCAAAUUGAGCUAAUUACCAACAUUAUUACAUUGCCAUGUUAUUUGAAUUGUAAUUGACUCUACCUCAUGCCUGGGCAUUUGUCCCACAUGUUUACAGCGGUGUAGUAUAGAGGCGCGGUUGGCGUGGCCCGGCGCAGGUAGGCGUGGAGAGCCGCGCGCCUAGACUCGAAAUCCGGAACGACCGCUGGAUGGAAAGAAACUACGGCAUGAAGACAAACGUUUUCAACCUAAGCAGGCAGUGACAACUUCUCGUCAGAAAGUUACAGCGACAUUUUGACAGCAAGAAGGGUGGUUACGGUUUGAGGGUGUGUUCCUACAUCUUUUCAACUUGCCUCAGAGUAACCUCGUCAUCCAGUGGCAUAUGGUAGACUUCAUGACCACUGAAGACCCCAUGUGUCUACUCUUCUAUGGAGCCCGACCAGGAAAUUACUCGGUGGCUGACCAGUCUGCACCUGCCCCAAUAUGCCUCCAGCUUCGCCCGGGCUGGCUACCAUUGCUUUAAGGACCUCAGGAGCCUAACAGAGGAGAAGCUUUACCAGAUGAACAAUAUUCCCACAGGACACCGUCGGAGGAUCCUAAGCAGCCUGGAGACCCUGAUGAUGGAAGUGGAUGGAGGUGAAGUGCCAGUGAGGAGAAAGCCGAUCCCAAGACCUAGACAGGUGUUUCCCAAGGCUAAGCAGAGAGGAACAUCUUGUCGACAUUCUCAGGGCAGUAACAUCCAGAUGACAAGGCAAACUCUUCCUUCAGGGACUAUUGCUGAUUCAGAGCGGAUGGCCAUUGGUUCUGCUACACUUCCUCAUACACUUCCUAGUGUUACAUGUCACACUGUUUCCUCCAGCUCAAGCUCCGCCUCUGAUCAUGGCAGCAGCGAAUCACUGGAGAAUGUUUCAGAAGAACCUAUUCCAGAUGAGAAUGAUGACUUUUCCUCAGAAGGAGCUUCUGUAGGGUUUCAGGGAGAAAUGGUUGAAAAUGAAAUAUAUGAGCAGUGUACCUUCAUUAAGGAACCGUCUGAGCCGAGGUCCACCCGCUCCUAUAAACUACGACACAGGCCUGUACCAGAGAUCCCUGAACAUCCCUUCAUACCUCCUUAUGACUGGAAUGUGGCAGCAAACAACAAUGACCAUCUCACAAAGUCUGAGGGACUCAUCUGCCCCACAGGCAGUCAGAAAGCAUCACUUCAAAGGACCUUGUCCCCCAUUGCCCCAUAUGGAGAGCUUUUUCUGUACAAUUCAGCAGAAAAGGAAUCGGAUGUGGGCAACGAUGUUAUGUCCAGUCAAGGAGUAAAAGAGAACCUGGAUCAACAGAAGUUAAGAAACAAGCAGACACAAAACCAAGAAAGAGCACACAAUCACAAGAAGCAAGACCUUUCCAAGCAACAUUAUGUCCAUGAUGAUGAUGAUGAUGAUGAUGAUUACUCCACUCUCCAAGAAUCCACGCUUAGUCAGCGAUUGGCUACUGAAUGCUCUUUUAAACAUCCUACUCUUCUCUCGAGCACUGGACCAUCAAUUUUCGCCAAGCCUCAAACAGAUGUGAAGGACAUAUACAGUAUGGCACAAGAUGACCUACCAGGCCUACUGAGACCAAACCUUCCUUCUCUAACAGAAGUUUCCAUUUCUCCCUAUGCCUGCUUCUAUGGGACCCAUAAUGCUGCCACCAAAGCAGGCUGGCUAGACAAACUCUCUCCUCAAGGGAACUGUGUCUUUCAGAGAAGAUGGGUGAAGCUUGAAGGAGGAAAUCUCACUUACUACAACAGCGAUAAGGAGAUGUACUCGAAGGGCCUGAUACCUAUUUCAGCAGUUAAACAAGUUCGUGCUCUGGGUGAGAAUAAGUUUGAGGUGGUCACGUCUGUAAGAACCUUUGUGUUUCGGGCAGAGAAAGAAGGAGAACGUCAGGAUUGGCUAGAGGUUCUCCAGUCUGCUGUGAGCUCCCAGCCCUCCAUUUCCCAUCAGCCUCACAAAAAUAACACAAACAAGAGUGGCUACGUCGAGCUGCGUGGCCUCAAAGGAAGAGUCUACCUCAGCCUCAUGGGAACCAGCUUUAGACUCUGUAAAACAGACCAGGACUUUAAUGCUGGGCUGGCCAUCACUGUUGUGGACCUGACGGCUGCGUGUGUGAAACAAGUUGAGAGGAAAGGAUUUGAGAUCACUACACCUUUCAAAUCCUUCUGUUUCACAGUGGACUCUGAGCGUGAGAGAGAGGAAUGGAUAGAAGCAGUACAGGAGUCCAUCGUAGAGACGUUGUGCAAUUAUGAGGUGCUGGAGAAGGUUUGGUUCAACAGAUCCAACAGGGAGUGCGCUGAUUGUCAGGCUCCUGAGCCGGAAUGGGCCUCCAUCAACCUGUGUGUGGUCAUCUGCAAGAAUUGUGCUGGUCAGCAUCGAUUCCUGGGUCCUGGGAUCUCAAAGGUCCGCAGUAUGAAGCUAGACAGCAGCAUAUGGACCAACGAGCUCAUUGAGCUGGUUUUAGACGUUGGAAAUAAAAAUUCCAACAGCUUCUGGGAAGCAAAUCUUCCCCCAGAGGAGGAGCUUUGCAUGCAGCCGUCACUGGAGCAGCGUGCAUCCUUUAUUCGCAGGAAGUACAAAAAGAGGAAGUACAAGAAAGUUCUAGAAGGUCUAAACACUCAAGAGGAACUCAACAAGGCGCUGUGUGCAACAGUAGUUCUCCCUGACAUCCUGCAAACCAUGGCCCUGGUUUUCAGCGGGGCGGAUGUGAUGUGUGCAACCGGUGACCCUCAGUACUCCACCCCAUAUCUACUGGCUCAGAAAGCAGGCCAGAGGCUGCAGAUGGAGUUUCUCUACCACAACAAGCUCUCAGAUUUUCCUAAGCUGGAAGCAGUAUUUGACAGCAGUUUUUCGGCUGAUGUUCCGUCUUUUAUGGAUGGAUUUCUCUAUUGCUCUGUGAACGCCGGCAAGGCCACUCUGGACCGGAAAGGAAGACCCGACCUGGUCCUCCGUUGGUGUACGAUGGAAGGUGGAUUCCUUAGUUACUAUGAAAAUGAGAAGAACGCUACACCCAUAGGCCGGGUUGACGUCAGCGAUGUGGUGAGCCUGGCCAUCAACAACACUGAGAACAUCACUGAAACAGGGCCAGUGUUCACCUUUGAGUUGUACCUCCGCUCUCAGAGAGUGCUGGUGUUCGGAGCGGAGACCUCAGACGCACAGCAGGAUUGGACACAUGCCAUCGCCAAGUGUUUUGUCCCUGCAAGGGCAGAUGCUCUGCUGAGGCUGGACAGUGAGCUUAUUGGCCGACUGCACUAUAAAGAGGGUCAUGACCUUUAUCAUUGGCGAAUGGGAUGGUUUGCUCUGGUGGGCUCAGAACUCUACUUCUGUUCUGGAGAUGAAGAUGAAGAGGAGGGAGUUCUUCAACUCAAACGCCUACAGGAGCUUACUGUGUCCACUCAUAUGGAGGGUGAUGAGAAGAUUCAGGUCUUACUCAUGGUUGAGAGUGGGAGAACUGUGUACAUACAUGGCAUAACCAAGCAGGACUUUGCACUGUGGCAUUCUUCCAUCCAGCUGGCAGCUGGGACAGACGGUAUGGCUCUCGGCAACCAGCAGAUGAAUAAAAAUGAUGUUCCUAUCAUUGUGGACAGCUGCAUUGCUUUUGUCACCCAAUAUGGUUUGUGUUAUGAGGGAAUCUACCAGAAGAACGGUGACCCGGGCCGUGUGGCCCAGCUCCUGCAGGACUUUACCAAGAACGCUCGGGUUGUUAAGCUACGGGCUCAAGACCAUCGGCUAGAGGACGUCACAGACACACUCAAGAGCUUCCUGUCUCACAGUGAAGACGCUCUAUUGGCUAAAGAGCUGUACCCUUUUUGGAUCUCUGCCCUUGAUGAACAGGAUGAGAAGGUCAGAGUGCAAAAAUAUUCAUCCUACAUUCAGAGUUUACCCAAAGUCAACAGGUCAACACUUGGUGCUCUGCUGCAGCAUUUGUACAGGAUCCAGAGGUGCUCGCUUAUCAACCAGAUGAACACGCAGAAUCUGGCAUGUGUUUUCUCCUCGUGCCUGUUUCAGACGGAAGGACACACAGCUCAGGAGACCCGUGUGGUGGAAGACCUCAUCAACAAUUACAUCCAGCUCUUCUCUGUCAGUGAAGAGCAGGUUAGGCAAAUGGAGAAAGAAAACAGCUUUAUCACCAGGUGGAAGGACACCACAUUCUCUCCUGCUGGUGACCUGAUAUUUGAAGUCUACUUAGAAAAAAAGCAGCCAGAGAAGUGCUGUUUAAUCAAGGUGUCUCCUAGCAUGAGGUCAGACGAGCUUGCCAUCAGCACUCUGGAGAUGAAGGGGAUGGAGGUCAAAGCUCAAGAUCUCUGGACCACUUUUGAGGUCAUUGAGAAUGGAGAGAUGGAGCGGCCCUUACACUACAAUGAGAAGAUUCUGGAGCAGGUAUUGGAGUGGAGCUCUCUGGAGGAUCCCAGCUCGGCCUUCCUGCUCAUUAAGAAAUAUUCUGGUUCUAAAAUGACAGAUUCCAACUCAGAUAAACUGAAAGAUUUCAUUAAAGGAGAGCAACUCAAAUUCAAAGACGGUUCUUCCAAACUGCUUUUGGGGAAUAAGUUUCAGGACCGAUACCUGGUACUACAAGACAAAAAACUGCUGUUAUACAAAGACAUAAAAAGUACCAAACCAGAAAGAGAGGCUCCGUUAAAGUCUGUUAAAUGUUACUUAGGGCUACGGAGGAAGUUGAAACCAACAAGCAGUUGGGGUUUUACUGUUUAUACUGAAAAGCAGCAGUGGUAUUUCUGCUGUAAAGGGAAUGAUUCUCAGCAGGACUGGGUCACCUCCAUUAUCAGAGUGAAGCAUGCCAGUGACUUAUGGCCUAAAGACCUAAAGCAGAGUGCAUUGUUACCUUAUAACCUGAGCAGAGGAAGAACAUCCACUUACAGCACAGCAAAGACCAGCACAGCCAAACAUCAGAGAGAGGCUAAAGGGAAGUCAGUCCUCACUACAAGUAUAGAAGGUUCAAAUACACGAAACCAAAUGACCACAGAUGUGAGCAACCAACCGGACGUGAUGCAUAAAUUGGCAAGCAGUGAAGGAACUCCGAGUGUCUCCGGGCUUAAAAUGGUGAUUGAUGACACACUCCAGUCUCUGCGUAGACCAUCACUUCAACAAGACCCCAGCGCUCUCACCCAGCUAUCACACAAGAAGGCUGUGUUGCCCAGCAGAGGUGUGCAGUUGCCAAAAAACCUCAUUAAUGAACUAAGUACUGUUCUCAACAAAACAGGACGCUUUCCGAAAGAAGACGAUUAAGAGAGACAUACAGAGACAGAAAGACGAGAUACUUGUCUGUUGCUCUUCCAUUGUGCAUGAGGAAAAACCAACACCAAAUCACCCCACAAAGCUCAGUUGGUUCUCAGUAAGGAAGUUGGAUGUUACUACUCAGGACAUGGAGAGUAAGUACAGUAAAUGUUUAAACUGAGGUAAACUGGUGGGUCAAACAUUGGAUGUAAAGACUUUUUUUUGCGCACAACUACAGCUGUUUGCCAUAGGUUGCAUUGAGCCUUUAUCCUUCAAUUUAGAACCAUGUAAUUCAGUAUUAUUGAACAUUAAUGAUUGUUUUAGGCUUUUGCAUGAUAACAUGCAUUUCACUCUUCAUUCUCAUAUCUGUUUUUAUUCUCAAUGAGGUUGAAAAAGACACUACUAGACAACAAUGUUCCAGUAUCAUCUUAAAUCUUCAUAUUUUGAAACUGGUUGUUCUGAGAUAAGUGGAAUGGUAACAUUAGCAUUAGUUAAAGUUGGCAUGAAAUAGAA